GGGUUAGUAAAGUGCAGUCCAGUGGUAACCUAACAUGCAAGGCUAUACUCUGUUUUUCGUGGUCGUCUGCCUAGUGGGUAGUGGCGUUCUCGCACUACCCCGGCCAGAUGAGAAUGCAGAGGUUCUUCGACUGGAGUCGGAAAACAACGGCAUUGACAAAUACUCUUUCAACUAUGAGACGAGCAACGGCAUCGUACGCAGCGAGGAGGGCGUGCUGAAGCCGAUCACUGGCGAAUCCGAGGGCGUGAUCACAGUUACCGGCUCCAGCAGCUGGACGACGCCCGAUGGCAAGAAAUACGAGCUUAGCUUCACGGCCGACGAAACGGGCUAUCAUCCCAUCGUCAAGCUAGUUUCGUAGACCCCACAAACAGCUCGCAAUGGAAUAUGAAAAA